CGCUCGCUCUCCUCCUUCUUUCUUCUCCUUCCUUCUCCCGUCGUCUUCCUCACUCCGACUGUCCUCCUCCUCCUCCUCCUCCCCCGAGAAAGAUGCCGCCUUUGCCUCUCGAAACCAUACCCAGGAAGCGAUUCCUAGGGUUCCUCAUCUGGCAGUCCAUACCCACCGCGCUCCUCUUCUUCCUCUCCAAGGCCGCCGCCUCCGCUCUCGCCCCCGCCGCCGCUGCCGCUCCUCCCCCCCGCCGCGGUGGCAGGGCGGCGUCGAUCCUCGGCUUCUUGCUUUGCUUCGUCGCCUUCGAGCUCUCGCAGCUCCUGUCCUCCGCCUCCCUCUCCUUCCUCUCCGCCCCGCGGCCCGAUCGCCCCGCCUCGCCCCUCGAGCUCGCCCUCGGGCUCGUCCGGUCGGCGGUCGGGUCGCGGCCGGCGCCGCCCGAGCUGCGGCGGCGAGCUAGGGCUUCGCUGGCCAUCGCGACGUUCGUGGCGGCGUGCGCGGUGUCGAGCUUCUUGUCGGCGGCGGCGGUGUGCUGGGGGGUGAGCUCGGGGGAUUCGAUUGGGAGAGUGGUGGGGUUUAGAGGUUUCGUGGUUGGGCUGUUGUACGGGGCGUUGUAUGUUUAUAAGCGCAGAUGGGUAUUGGAGUUUCCCAUUGUUCAGCGGACACUAUACUUCAGCUUCAAGAUGGGAUUGCCUUCUGCUGCCAGAAAUGCUUUUAAAUUUUCUGGCGCUGCCUAUGUAUUUUCAUCUCUGCUGUUAGCAUUUCUUCCUGAUCAUCACUAUGUUCAGACUAGCAUGGGAAGAUUCUUGCUUGAGCAAAUUAUCUUUUACAUGGGGACUCUUGCUGUUUUCCUUUGCUGGGAAUUGAGUCAUCAUUUGCACCAGGUCUUACAUACAAAGAGGUUCAUAUUUGCUCCCCCAAGAGGAUCGGCUGCAGCAGAAACAAAUCCAAGCGAACCACUUCUUGCAGCCUUGGAGGAAAGUCACCCAAGUUCUCUUGUUCACUAUCUUGCUUAUCUUGAUCUCUGCAUGGUUAGUGAGAAUAAUGUGGAUACUUGGCGGCGAGCUGCUUUCUUUGAAGAAACUGGUGACACUUACAAAAGAGUUAUAGCUGUAUGCCUGAGGCCUUUGGAAAAGCUUGCAUCAAAAUUAGCUGAAGGUCUAGAAACUUCUGCUGAUAAAAGCUACCCACUUUCAAAUCAGUUACUCUCCCCUACCGACCUUCAGCUAGAUUCAUCUUGCUAUGAACCACUAAAUCAUUAUCAGUUGUAUGCGUGGGGUGCCAGAGCUGCUGCCUCUCUGACCGUGCACUCACACAAGGAGGACAGAUACGGUGUUGCUCAGCUUUCUGGCAGCAAUGCUGCUGUUUUAUCUAACCUAUUGUCUUGCCUACUCGCCGUUGAAUCAUUCAUGGGGAAGAGGACCCACUUGCAAUCCCAGCACCACUUUAUGGGAGCCGGUGGUAUUAAAUGGGCGACUCCAAAUGCUGGAAGGAGAUAUUUUCCGUCCAGUACUGUGGGUAAGAAAAGAGGUUCUCCUCUGCAUUCAAAAGCAUAUGCUAUUGCUGAUGUUCUUAGGACAUCCAUAUACCAAAUAGUGUCUGCCUUCCAUGACGAAAUGCUUGCCAGUGCCAAGUCUGGCAUUCUUGAAAAGGAUUGGACCAUCAAUUCAAAGCCUCCAUUUGGCACUCGCGAUCUCCUCUUGCAGAAAUUGCGUCUCUUCUUGGAUUUUCGGGCUAGCUAACUGUCUCUGAGACUUCCCUCAUUGUAUGUCCAACUGUCUCUUUUUGCCUCUUGUAUCAUUUGAGCACUCUGAAGAGUCAAGACGCCACAGGAUGUAAUUUUGUCGAGAGAUAAAUAUAUAAGCAUUCAUUAGGGUGAGAGAAUGUUUGCAUGCUUACUCCAAGUAUAUGCUGUGUUAGCUAAAUAGUAGUACUUCACUGGGAUGCUGUCUGAUUACUGGAUUGGCUCUGAACAUAGGCCUCUUGGAAUGUCUGUUGGUUAGGUUUCAUGUACAAUCUUGGAAGUGAGUGAACACUUGAGUUUUUCAUCAGACGCCAUUCAGACCUGAAUUCUAAUGUAGAAAGAUGGAGGGAACUGAACCUAUUCUUGAGCCAUCCAUUGGCUCCAGUAGUUUGCUUUAAAUUGCAUCAAUAACUCAUCAUGCCUUGUAAGAUUCUAGCAUGUGGUCUCUUUCUAGGAGAGGGCAAGAAAAGAUUCGUCAAUUUUGUCAAACAUAAGAUGUGGCCACAAGCUUCUUGUCCAUCUAUUGUCAUUUUCAAAUAUCUCCACUCACUAUUAUUUGU